GCCCUUUUCACGCGCUAUUUAACGCUCUUCCUUUCAUAAUUGCCGUUUGUUUGAGCAUCCCUUUUUCUCAUCCCACUCAUCGUUAGAACAGCUGCUUUGUUAGCUGGCUCCCAUUUCACAGGCUUAGAACCGUACUUUUGAACAUGUGCGGUAUUUUCGCAUACCUCAACUACUUGGUCGAGAAGGACCGACGCUACAUCGUCGACACUCUCCUCACAGGUCUGUCUCGCCUUGAAUACCGCGGUUACGACAGUGCCGGUAUCGCCAUAGAUGGGGAUGAGGAGGGCCAAGUCCUUAUUCACAAGCAAGUCGGAAAGGUGCAUGCCCUGCGAAAAAAGAUAAACGAGGACAAGAGCCUCGAUUUUACAAAGACGUUUGUGAGCCACACCAGCAUGGCGCAUACCCGGUGGGCAACGCAUGGACAACCUAGCGAGAGAAACUCUCAUCCUCACAGGAGUGACCCUAAGAAUGAGUUUUUGGUUGUGCACAAUGGUAUCAUCACAAAUUAUAAGGAGUUGAGGACCGUCCUUGAAAAGAAGGGCUAUGUUUUCGAGUCCGACACCGACACUGAGUGCAUUGCCAAACUUGCCAAAUACCUCUUUGAUUCGCAAAAAGGCAACAAAUCACUGAGCUUUACGUCGCUAACAAAGGCUGUUAUCAAAGAGUUGGAGGGCGCGUUUGCUCUCAUCCUGAAGAGUACGCACUUUCCCAACGAGGUGGUCGCGACGCGCCGUGGUUCCCCUCUACUAAUUGGUGUGAAGACCGCCAAAAAGCUCAAGGUGGACUUUGUGGAUGUAGAGUUUGGCAUGUCGGAAACGCAGGACAAGUUGGCAGAGGAUGGCGAGAACCUGCUUACACCCGCUGACCCCACGCACCCCAAAAUUCGGCGCAGCCAGUCUCGCGCAUUUUUGAGCGAGGAUGGCAUGCCUCAGCCAAUCGAGUACUUUUUGGCGUCUGAUCCUUCUGCUAUUGUAGAGCACACCAAACGGGUCCUGUAUCUCGAGGAUGAUGAUAUUGCUCACAUCAACGAGGGUGAACUUCACAUUCACCGCCUUCGUCGCGAAGACGGUAUUUCUGCCAUUCGAUCUAUCCAGACGCUUGAGAUGGAGAUUGCAGAAAUUAUGAAGGGCUCUUUUGAUCAUUUCAUGCAAAAGGAGAUUUACGAACAGCCAGAGUCGGUGGUGAAUACCAUGAGAGGGCGUGUCAACUUUGACAACCACACGGUUACUCUUGGAGGAUUGAAAGCGUACCUGUCGACGAUUCGACGGUGUCGUAGGAUUGUUUUUGUCGCUUGCGGUACCAGCUUCCACAGUUGUAUUGCGACUCGGGCCAUUUUUGAAGAGUUAACCGAAAUUCCUGUCAGUGUCGAGCUCGCUAGUGACUUUUUGGACCGCCGGACCCCCAUUUUCCGUGAUGAUGUGUGCGUCUUUGUAUCGCAGUCGGGUGAAACGGCCGACACCAUUCUUGCACUUCGUUACUGUCUUGAACGUGGAGCUCUUUGCGUCGGUAUCACCAACACGGUCGGCAGUAGUAUCUCACGCGAGACGCAUUGUGGUGUUCACAUCAACGCCGGUCCCGAGAUUGGUGUUGCGUCUACCAAGGCGUACACGAGUCAAUUCAUUGCAUUGGUCAUGAUGGCCUUGCAGUUGAGCGAAGACCGUAUCUCGAUGGCUGACCGUCGCCGCGUGAUCAUCGAUGAGCUGCACGAGCUUCCUCGUCACAUUAAAGAAACGCUUGCGUUGGACAAGGAGCUCCAGCAACUGGCGCGGGACGUGCUCCAUAAGGAAAAGAGCUUGCUUAUUAUGGGACGUGGAGCACAGAAUGCUACAUGUUUGGAAGGUGCGCUAAAGAUUAAAGAAGUAUCAUACAUGCACAGCGAGGGUAUCCUUGCCGGAGAGUUGAAGCAUGGUCCUCUUGCCUUGAUUGAUGAGAACAUGCCCGUCAUUCUCAUCAUGACGCGUGACUCUCUUUACCCCAAAGUUCAGAGUGCACUUCAGCAAGUGACGGCCCGCAAGGGAGCACCGAUCAUCAUCUGCAACAAGGAAGACCAAGGCAUUUCGGACCAAUACCGCACGAUACGUGUUCCAUCCACUACUGACGCGCUCCAAGGUAUCAUCACUGUAAUUCCCCUGCAGUUGCUUUCGUACCAUUUAGCUGUUCUUAAUGGAGUGGAUGUCGAUUUCCCGAGGAAUUUGGCCAAGAGUGUUACUGUAGAAUAAAGAAGAAAAAUAGGUUAAUAUUGUUGCGGUGGGAGUGGCAAGUUGUUGUAUGGGGGGACUAUUUUCAAUGUUGAUUAUCUGGGUCAAUGAAAAAUCUUGCUUGCCAGUGCAAAUGUCGUUGACGGAA